UAUUUUUAACAUAACAACAAACACGAAGAACAGAGAAGAGAAGAGGAGAGAAGAAAAGAAAAGGAGAAGGGCAAGUUUUGUAUUGGUGGUGUGGUGAUGGCAGGGGAAGGAGUUUCAAGAGAAACCCAGAUGACCAUAGAAGCUUCUUCAAUGUUUCCUGGGUUUAGAUUUUCUCCAACUGAUGUUGAACUGAUUUCUUAUUACUUGAAAAAGAAGAUGGACGGAUAUGAGAAGUGUGUUGAGGUCAUUCCCGAGGUUGAAAUUUGUAGAUAUGAGCCUUGGGACUUACCAGACAAAUCUGUUGUAAAGUCGGAUAAUGAGUGGUUCUUCUUCUGCUCUCGUGGGAGAAAGUACCCGAAUGGUUCACAAAGUAGACGUGCAACUGAACAGGGUUACUGGAAAGCCACAGGGAAAGAGCGCAAUGUCAAGUCGGGUUCUAAUAUGAUUGGUACCAAGAGGACUCUUGUGUUUCACACAGGUCGUGCACCGAGAGGGGAAAGAACAGAAUGGAUCAUGCACGAAUACUGCAUGGACGGAAAGUCCCAGGAUUCCCUAGUUGUUUGCCGCCUUAGGAAGAAUAACGAGUUUCGUCUGAAUAACACAUCAAACCGGACUCCUCGGACUCCACCAUUUAUGCAUGACAGCAACUGUGCUACCUCAGAUGGUGCUACUGACCAUACUGGCGCUUCCGAACUGGACAAAGCCUAUUUGAAGAAGGGUACUAGUAGUUAUGAUUCUCAUUCUAUUGAGCAAUUCGAUUCCGCAUCUGAAUCAGAGCAAAAACAUUCCAACGAUGUUGGACCAACAGAAUCUUCUACACCUCAGAAGGAUUCCGAUGCCGAAGAAGAUUUCUUUGCUGAGAUACUGAAAGAUGAUAUAAUCGAGCUCGAUGAAGCACCAUUGUCAGCACGACCGAAUGCCUCACUUACGAUUGCGAGCACUUCCAAUGGCUAUCAGAGGAGAAGUCAGCAGCCGAGGCAAGAGAACGAACCCCGUGCAUCCCAUUUGCAGGGCACGGCAAACCGGAGAAUCAAAUUGAGGAAGCCUAAAGCACGUGAUUUUCUGGCUGCCAAAGCAUCAACGGAGUUGGAAUGCAGUGUUGGCGAGAUCUCUAUCGAGAAACUAAGUUGUCCGAAGUCGAGGGACUCGUCAAAACGACUGCUGUACUUGUUUUCGUGGUCGACCGCCAAUCUCCGGCUCAUUUAUGCUGCUUUUGUCAUCCUCACUUUGCUAGCUUUGUUUGUGACAUUUUUUGGAGGUUCCAAGCCUGUUAAAAACUCCAGAUAUGUGCUACUUUGUUGAGCAACUUGUGCCAAUGAAUCU